CAGCCGGUGGACCAUGGAGGCGCCGAGGCCCUUUGCACAGGACUGGUACGUCCCAUGGCUCCCCCUGACGCGAGGGGCCGAUUUGACGCUGUGGCUCUGUGAGCUCUGGCUACUACUGCUGACGUCCGGCUUGUGCGCGGGCUUACUGCCGCACGAAGAGGACGUGAACUUUAUCAAUGAGUACGUGAACCUCCACAAUGAACUCCGAGGCAAGGUCAGGCCCUCAGGGGCUAACUUGCGCUUCAUGACUUGGGAUGUAGCUUUGUCACGGACUGCUAGAGCAUGGGGGAAAAAAUGUGUGUUUGAGCGUAAUACUCAUUUAGAAGAAAUAAAAAUGGCCCAUCCUAAAUUUAAUGGUAUUGGUGAAAAUAUGUGGGUCGGCCUUGAAAAUGAAUUUACUGCAAGUAUUGCUAUCAGAAGUUGGUAUGCAGAGAAGGAAAGGUACCAUUUUGGAAAUGGCACUUGCUCUGGUGACUGUUCUAAAUAUAUGCAGCUUGUUUGGGACAAGUCUUACAAAGUUGGUUGUGCUGUUACUCCGUGUUCAGAAGUUGGACGUAUUAAAUAUGCAGCACUUUUCAUAUGCAACUAUGCACCAGGAGCAACUCUAAGAAGAAAGCCUUAUCAACAAGGAGUAGUUUGUUCUCAAUGUAACGAAAGUGACAGAUGCACAGAUUUUCUAUGCAGCAAUGCAGAUCGUGAGGAAGCCAUAUAUUAUCAGUUUUGGUAUCCAAGAUGGGAAGUGCCCCGGCCACUUGUGUGUGACCCACUCUGCUUCUUAAUUUUCUUUUUGAGAACACUAAGUUUUACAUUUUGUGCCACAAUUGUUUUGAUAGUACAGUCUUAUUUUCCAAAUAUAUUAACGGAAGAACAGAUGAUAUUUCCUCCUGAGGUAACAGAAAAAGAGGAAGAAGAGGAGGAGGAAGGGGAGGCAGAGGAAGAAGAAGAAGAAGAGGAGGAGAAAUCAGAGGAGGAGGAGAAGGAGGAGGAUGAGGAUGAGGAUGAAGAUGAUGAGGGUUAGGAAGAUGAAGGAUAAGAUAUUACCACCAUCAUAGGACAAAAGUGUAAUACCAAAAAGCAACAUUUUUUUUGAGUUCAAAUAAAAAAA